CUCUCCUCAACCCCACGUCAUUUUUCUCUCCAAACACCCAAUAUUCCAUUCUGACAUACACAACAAUUGAUCCAUCAUUGCGGCUGAAAAGGGAAAGACAAAUAAAGAAGCAGACUUUUAUUGCUCUAGCUAAGCUUAUCAUCGAGGAUUGAUACACUUCAAUCCUCGAGGGAGCUAGCAGAGAAAUUAAAAAAAUAUAUAAAAUAAAAAUAAUGGCGAAUCAUGAAGGGUUACAACCGUCCCUCACAAGACGGGCCUCCCGAAGUGCCACCACUACCUUCUCAAUGGAAGUGUUCGACAACGAAGUCGUGCCUUCCUCCCUUCAAUCGAUCGCCCCAAUUCUUCGGGUUGCCACUGAGAUCCAAAAUGAACGCCCGCGUGUCGCCUAUUUGUGUCGGUUUUAUGCUUUUGAAAAGGCACACAGAUUGGAUCCUCAUUCUAGCGGACGUGGUGUGCGUCAGUUCAAAACUAGUCUCCAUCAAAGACUUGAAAGGGAAAACGCAUCCACUCUUGCUUCGCGUGUAAAGAAGACGGAUGCUCGAGAAAUCGAAAGCUUUUACAAGCAAUACUACGAGCACUAUGUUGUGGCGCUCAACAAGGGGGAGCAAGCUGAUAGAGCCCAGCUUGGGAAAGCUUACCAGACAGCUGGUGUUCUGUUUGAAGUGCUUUGUGCUGUUAAUAAGACUGAAAAGGUCGACGAAGUUGCCCCUGAGAUCAUGGCUGCAGCUAAUGAUGUCCAGGCGAAGAAGGAAAUAUAUGCUCCCUACAAUAUUCUUCCCCUGGACUCUGCUGGGGCAAAACAGUCAAUUAUGCAGCUGGAAGAGGUGAAAGCAGCCGUGACUGCUUUGCAAAACACCCGUAGCUUGACAUGGCCGUCUUCAUUCGAGCAACAAAGGCAGAAAGCUGGGGAGCUCGACCUCCUUGAUUGGCUGAGAGCCAUGUUUGGGUUUCAGGCACGUCUUAGGGACAAUGUGAGGAACCAAAGGGAGCAUUUGAUACUGCUGCUCUCAAAUAUUCAUAUAAGGCUAAUCCCUAAGCCUGAACCACAAAACAUUAACUACAAGACAUGGUGCAAAUAUUUGGGAAGAAAGCACAGCUUAAGACUACCAAAAGGUCAGCCAGAUGUGCAGCAGAGAAAGAUACUUUAUAUGGGUCUAUAUCUUCUCAUCUGGGGUGAGGCUGCUAAUGUCCGGUUCAUGCCCGAGUGUCUAUGCUACAUUUUCCACAAUAUGGCAUAUGAGCUCCACGGACUCUUAGCUGGAAAUGUGAGCAUUGUCACGGGAGAGAACAUCAAGCCUUCUUAUGGUGGGGAUGAUGAAGCCUUCCUGCGGAAAGUCAUUACACCCAUUUAUCAAGUGAUUGAAAAGGAAUCCAAGAAAGGUAAAAAUGGGAUAGCCCCUCACACAGCCUGGUGCAACUAUGAUGAUUUAAACGAGUAUUUCUGGUCAACUGAUUGCUUCCAUUUGGGUUGGCCGAUGCGUGAUGAUGGUGAGUUUUUCAAAUCAACUCGAACUGUUACACAGGGGAAAGGUGGUUCAAAAAAAUCGGCUGGAAAGUUGGGGAAAUCAUUCUUUGCAGAAACUCGAACAUUUUGGCACAUUUUCCGGAGUUUCGAUCGUCUGUGGACUUUUCUUAUUCUUGCGCUACAGGUCAUGAUUAUCAUCGCAUGGAGUAGAGUUUCUAUAUUUGAUCUCUUCCAGAAGGACACUUUAUACGACUUGUCUAGCAUUUUUAUCACGGCAGCCUUUCUUCGUCUUCUUCAGAGUAUUUUGGACAUCGUUCUGAACUUCCCGGGCUUCCUUAGGUGGAAAUUCACUACUGUCCUAAGGAGUGUCCUCAAGAUAAUUGUCAGCCUAGCCUGGUCUAUCAUCCUUCCUAUGUGUUAUUUGGUCCAAAUCAAGUCAUCAUCAUUUUCCCAAAUCAAAGAUGUGCUCUCGUUCCUCGAUAGACUUAAGGGUGUGCCAGCUUUCUACAUUAUGGCGGUGGCUAUAUACCUGCUACCGAAUUUGUUGGCAGCUGUCUUAUUUGUUUUCCCAAUGCUGAGACGCUGGAUUGAAAAUUCAGACUGGCAUAUCAUUAGGUUUCUUCUGUGGUGGUCACAGAUAAAACCUCUGGUCCAGCCCACUCACGACAUCAUGAACAUUCACCAUGUUGAUUAUGCUUGGCACGAAUUCUUCCCUAAUGCUAGACACAACUAUGGAGCUGUUGUUGCAUUGUGGGCACCAGUUAUUAUGGUUUACUUCUUGGACCUUCAGAUUUGGUAUUCUAUAAUCUCCACCUUGUAUGGAGGUUUUAUUGGUGCCUAUGAUCGUCUUGGCGAGAUUCGAACUCUUGGAAUGCUAAGGGAGAUGGAUCUGCUUCUUGUCCCUUACUCGUGCGAUCCUAGCCUAAAAAUAAUCCAAUGGCCCCCUUUUCUGCUUGCUAACAAGAUUCCGAUAGCGUUGGAUAUGGCUGUUCAAUUUCGGUCCAAGGAUGCUGACCUCUGGAAACGAAUAUGUGCUGAUGAGUAUAUGAAGUGUGUUGUAACAGAAUGCUAUGAGUCAUUUAAACAUGUUUUGAAUGCCUUGAUAAUCCGCGAGGCUGAGAAACGGGUCAUCGGAACCAUCAUUAAGGAAAUAGAAAGUAACAUGUCAAAGGGCACACUCCUUGCAAAUUUCAGAAUGAAGCACUUACCUGAUCUUUUCAAGAAAUUUGUAGAGCUUGUGGAGAUAUUGAAAGAUGGUGAUCCAUCUAAGAAAGAUAGGGUUGUUUUGCUGAUGCAAGAUAUGUUAGAAGUCGUUACCCGUGACAUGAUGGUGAAUGAGAUUCGUGAACUUGCUGAGCUUGGUCAAGGUAGUAAGGAUUGUGGAAAUCAACUUUUUGCUAGUAUUAGCUUCCCUCCCCCAAAUACAGCCCAAUGGGAAGAGCAGAUACGACGCCUCUAUCUACUUCUUACUGUUAAAGAAUCCGCAAUCGAUGUCCCAACGAACCUUGAAGCACGUAGGAGGAUAGCAUUCUUCUCCAAUUCACUCUUCAUGGAUAUGCCACGUGCACCUCGAGUUCGCAAAAUGCUAUCAUUCAGUGUAAUGACCCCAUACUACAGCGAGGAGACUGUCUACUCCAAAAGUGACCUAGAAAUGGAGAAUGAAGAUGGUGUGUCUAUCUUAUAUUACCUUCAAAAGAUAUUCCCAGACGAGUGGAACAACUUCAUGGAGCGCCUGAACUGCAAAGAAUCUGAAAUUUGGGAAAAUGAAGAGAAUAUACUGCAACUACGCCAUUGGGCAUCCUUGAGAGGGCAGACCCUUUGCAGAACAGUCAGAGGCAUGAUGUAUUACCGAAGGGCUUUGAAGCUUCAGGCUUUUCUUGACAUGGCAACUGAAGAUGAGAUACUUGAAGGCUACAAAACUAUUACAGAACCAUCAGCAGAAGAUAAGAAGAGUCAGAGAUCCAUGUAUACUCAAUUAGAGGCUGUGGCUGACAUGAAAUUCACAUAUGUCGCCACCUGUCAAAACUAUGGGAACCAGAAACGAAGUGGAGAUCGUCGUGCAACAGACAUUUUAAAUCUGAUGGUUAAUAAUCCAUCUCUCCGAGUGGCGUAUAUAGAUGAAGUCGAGGAAAGGGAAGGUGGGAAAAAUCAGAAGGUCUAUUACUCUGUAUUGGUAAAAGCUGUUGAUAAUCUUGAUCAGGAAAUCUACCGAAUAAAGCUGCCUGGGUCAGCAAAGAUAGGUGAAGGGAAGCCGGAAAACCAAAACCACGCUAUUAUCUUCACACGUGGGGAAGCUCUUCAGACCAUAGACAUGAACCAGGACAACUAUUUGGAGGAAGCUUUUAAGAUGCGCAACCUACUUGAGGAAUUUAAUGAAGAUCAUGGGGUGCGUCCACCUACGAUCCUGGGUGUUCGCGAGAAUAUUUUCACUGGAAGCGUGUCAUCGUUGGCUUGGUUUAUGUCAAAUCAAGAAACAAGCUUUGUUACCAUUGGCCAGAGAGUUCUUGCAAGGCCUCUGAAGGUGAGAUUCCACUAUGGACAUCCGGAUGUUUUUGACAGAAUCUUCCAUAUGACACGUGGAGGCAUCAGCAAAGCUUCACGGGGAAUCAAUCUUAGUGAGGAUAUUUUCGCUGGUUUUAAUACAACACUAAGACGUGGAAAUGUUACUCACCAUGAAUAUAUUCAAGUUGGGAAGGGACGAGAUGUGGGUCUCAACCAGAUCUCACUUUUCGAGGCCAAAGUUGCAUGUGGUAAUGGAGAACAGACACUCAGUCGUGAUAUCUACAGAUUGGGACACCGUUUUGACUUCUUCCGCAUGCUGUCAUGUUACUACACAACCAUAGGGUUCUACAUCAGCUCAAUGCUCUACCUCAUCUUGAGCGGGCUCGAGAAGACCAUUGUCCGGUUCGCGAGGUCCAAGGGAGAUGAUGCCCUAAAUGUAGUCAUGGCCUCUCAAUCGAUAGUCCAGCUCGGCUUCCUCAUGGCCCUCCCCAUGGUCAUGGAGAUCGGCCUCGAGCGAGGCUUUCGCACAGCCGCCGGUGACAUCAUCAUCAUGCAGCUCCAGCUGGCAUCUGUCUUCUUCACCUUCUCCCUCGGAACCAAGCUCCACUACUUCGGCCGCACCAUACUCCAUGGUGGGGCCAAGUACCGGGCCACGGGCCGCGGCUUUGUUGUCAGGCAUGAAAAGUUUGCCGAGAACUACAGGAUGUACUCGAGGAGCCACUUCACCAAGGCGCUUGAGCUCAUGGUCUUGCUCGUGGUCUACCAGGCGUACGGGUCCGCGGCAGAAGGCAGGGCUUAUUUGUUUGUGACGUUUUCGAUGUGGUUCCUUGUGGUCUCGUGGCUGUUUGCACCCUUUUUGUUUAACCCGUCAGGGUUCGAGUGGCAGAAGAUAGUAGACGACUUUGAUGACUGGGCCAAGUGGAUGAACAGUAAAGGGGGGAUUGGUGUGCCGGCUACCAAGAGCUGGGAGUCGUGGUGGGCGGAGGAGCAGGAGCAUCUUCAGUACACAGGAUUUGUUGGAAGGUUCUGGGAGAUUCUACUCUCUCUUAGGUUCUUUGUGUACCAGUAUGGGAUCGUUUAUCAGCUGCAUGCUGCCCAGAAUGACAAAAGCAUUGUGGUAUAUGGUUUGUCUUGGCUGGUCAUUGUUGCUAUGGUAAUCAUUUUGAAGGUUGUGUCCAUGGGAAGGCAGAAGUUCAGUGCUGAUUUCCAGUUGCUUUUUAGGCUUCUGAAGCUAUUCCUUUUCAUCGCCUUUAUUGUCGUACUAUUCGUCUCCAUAAAAUUCCUCGAGCUCACUGCAGGCGACAUUUUCGCCUGCUUAUUAGGCUUCUUGCCAACUGGAUGGGCUCUUCUGCAGGGCCUGGGAGCAUGGGGAUCUGUGAAAGCACUGGCAAGAGGUUAUGAGUACUUAAUGGGUUUGACCAUAUUUGCUCCAGUUGCAAUUUUGGCCUGGUUCCCGUUUGUGUCCGAGUUCCAGACAAGGCUGCUUUUCAACCAGGCUUUCAGCAGAGGUUUGCAGAUUCAACGUAUUCUGGCCGGUGGAAAGAAAAAC